AUGGCUACUGGGGACAAAGUUGCAAUCUUGUCUGAAGAUGAGGAGGAACAGAAGAGGAAGUAUGUACUUGCUGAUCCUUUCAAUGGUGUUACCCCGGAGCAAAACCAAUCUGGACCUAGAGACAUCUCUGGGGCUACUGAUACCAUUUCAACUGCAGAACAGGACAUGGACUGGUUGGAAAAACACUGCAUUAAAAUUAACAAUGACCUUCUUAUUUCAAAAGUUUUCUACUUCUUUUUUUAUUCUGCAUAUGGAUCUCUCUAUCCCCUACUUCCAGUGUACUACAAACAGUUAGGAAUGUCUCCCACUCAGAGUGGUCUUUUAGUAGGCAUUAGAUAUUUUAUUGAAUUUUGCAGUGCCCCCUUUUGGGGUGUUAUAGCUGACCGCUUCAGAAAAGGAAAGAUAGUCCUGCUCUUCUCAGUACUUUGCUGGGUGUUGUUCAAUUUGGGAAUAGGAUUUGUAAAACCAGCAGCUUUAUUAUGUGUGUCUAAAAAUCCAUUACCGGUCAGACCCACAAACUCCAGCCCAGUUCUCACAACUACUCUGCCCCUUUCAUCCAUGUCAACCCUAACUACAACAGCAAGCUCCAGUACAACAAAAAGCAAACGAAAGAGAGAUUUAUAUGCGGAUCUGUUUAACCUGGAGACAAGAAAAGAGUCGGGAAGAAGGUUUUAUGAAGAAACUUCCAUCACAGUGCAUCGGUUUAUUAGAGAAGCUAGAAAUGACAGUGACAUUGGCAUAUUGACAGAUAAUGGAAGUGUUCUUACUACAACAACUAUAGCUCCUACCACCACCAAGAGUACCAUUACUAUGCUAGAGUAUAACCAAGAAGAUGUGCAAACCAUAUUUCUGUUGAUUUUGCUAGUGGUUAUCAUUGGAGAAUUUUUUAGUGCACCAGCCGUAACUAUUGUAGAUACAGUGACGCUUCAGUAUUUAGGUAAACACCGGGACCGUUAUGGGAUGCAAAGAAUGUGGGGAUCGCUUGGUUGGGGCUUGGCGAUGUUAUCAGUGGGCAUUGGAAUAGAUCACACCCACAUAUUUGUGAUUAUUGAGGGUGAUGGUUGUACAGCCCCGGACUAUAAGAACUACCGUAUUGCCUUCAUUGUUUUCGGUGUUUUGAUGUCAGUUGCACUUAUUGUGUCUACACAAUUUCACUUUCAUUAUCACCAUGUAAAACCAAAUGAGGAGCGAAGAGAGGACCUAGAAAUCUCUCCCGUGGCGCUAAGUUCUCAACCAGAAUCUCCAGGGCAAAAUCAAAACGAAAACAGGGGUCUGGAGGAAACGGUUCAACAUUUCAGAUUUUGGGAUCUGAUCAAGAUUAUCUGCACUGUACAGUAUGGAUCUGUACUCUUUGUAGCCUGGUUCAUGGGAUUUGGCUAUGGAUAUGUCUUUACGUUUUUGUUCUGGCACCUGCAAGAUCUUAAUGGGACUACAACUUUGUUUGGCGUCUGCUCUGUACUAAGUCAUAUAUCUGAACUGACGGCUUAUUUCUUCAGCCACAAGUUAAUUGAACUGGUCGGUCACAUCAGGUAA